AUGGUAGCUGAUCUCAUUGAUCAAACCAUUAUUCAGUGGAAAUCUCCUCUUCUAUCAUCUCUCUUUAAUGAAGCAGAUGCUUGUAUGAUAGGCUCUAUUCCUAUUGCUCCUUUAGGUAAUGAAGACUCCUUAGUGUGGCACUUUGAUAACUCAGGCUUAUAUUCUGUCAGGUCGGGCUAUAGAUUUUUGGUGAGCAAGAACGAUCUUAUGAAUAAUUCUCGCCCACAACAAUCAAUAAACAUUCCAGGAAAGUAUUGGAAAUCCAUUUGGAGUUUAAAGGUGCAGCCAAAAAUUCAGGUCUUUUUUUGGAAAGCUAUGCGGAAUGCCUUACCAGUUCGUGAGAACCUUGCAAAACGAUCUGUUCCCAUUCACCCCUCCUGCCCUAUCUGUAACGCAGAUAUUGAGACCAUUGAACAUAUGCUCUUUUGGUGCGAUCAUGCUAGAGCUACGUGGUUUUUAAGUCCUUGUGCUUAUAGACCAAAUCCUAUUGAUCGUAACAAAGCUAUUUUCGAGAACUACCAAUUAAAUCCUCGAGAAUCAGCUCUUCGUAUUCAUGCUAGCCUCUUGGAAUUGGAGCAAGCCCUGACUAUCAGGAUUUCUCCAAUCCUUGAAACCUUUCCUCCCUCUUCUACAGUUUCUUGGAUUCCCUCACCCCAAGGAGUUUUGAAAUUAAAUUCUGAUGUUGCUUGGAAGGAUAAUUGUCAGGUGGCUUCUAUUGUAGUAGUGGUGAGAAAUUUCAAAGGUGAGAUCAUUGAUGGGGUAACAAAGCAAGUUAUUCGAGCUAACCCUCUAGCUGGAGAAGUGUAG